AUGACGGUCCCCGUCAGGCACCCGAUCCCGCUCAUCACGGAACUCCAACAUGCCCUCCGAACCGCGAAGAUCUUCUCAAAAAUCGACCUCAAAUCGGGCUUCUUCCUGGUCCGCAUGGCCAAGGGCCACGAGUGGAAAACGGCCUUCCGAUGCAAAUAUGGUCUCUUCGAGUACGUCGUCAUGCCCAUGGGAUUGAUCAACGCACCCUCCACAUUCCAGGUCAUGAUGAACCAUCUGUUCAUGGACCUCCUGGACGCAGGGGUACUCGUCUACCUGGAUGACAUCUUGAUCUACGCCGACACCGAGGAAGAGCACGAUCGCCUGGUCUUGGAAGUCCUGAAACGGCUUACCGACAACCACCUUGCCGUUGCCCCGCAAAAGUGCAAAUGGGGGGUCACGGAAGUCGAAUUCCUUGGCUACAUCAUCUCUCCCCAAGGCAUCGGCAUGGCAGAGGAUAAGGUCAAAAGCAUCUUGGAAUGGAAGCAGCCAACUACGCUCAAGGAGUCACAGUCCUUUCGGGGCUUCGCCAACUUCUACUGA